AUGCCGGGUCUCUCCAUCUCCUGCUGCAAGACCUCCAGCAUCUUUCUGAUGGAGUUUCUGUCGGUAGGUGCCUGCAAUGUUCCGCCCCAUCUCGCAUCUGCAGAACUCAAAGAGCAAUACCGUCACCUUACCAGAUUCUCCUAUAAGACAAUGGUGGAAUACGUCUGUCGUCCAGGUUACACGAGAAAUGUUCACGUCCAGAACAGGUUGCUUUGUGGAGAGGACAAUAAGUGGCAGGGAUCAUGGGAGAUCUGUAUACCAAAGCACUGCAUCUACCCUGGCGAGCCGGACAACGGCAGACUCAUGCUAGCAGAAAACUUCAGUUUUGGUUCAUCCGUGAACUUCAUCUGCAACACUGGGUACAGACUGGUUGGAAAUUCUCAAAUUCAAUGUGUGAUUAAAAAUGGUGUUGUUACAUGGGACAGAGAUAUUCCCAUCUGUGAGCCAAUACCGUGUUCCCCCCCUCCAAAAAUAGCUAAUGGAGAGCACAGCGGAGCUGACAAAGAGCUCUUUGAAUAUGGAGUAUCUGUCACUUACUGGUGCCACCCCGUCCAAAGGGGAGAGAGACCUUUCUCGCUGGUGGGAGAUGCCUCUAUUUUCUGUACAACCACAGAUAACAUAAAUGGUGUCUGGAGCAAGCCAGCCCCGGAGUGCAAAGUGAUUAACUGUGAGAAUCCGAGCGUGAAGAACGGGAAGCUGCUGAGCGGGUACCGGGCUGCGUACACCUACAGAGACACCGUCAUGUUCGACUGCAACUUCCGCUACACCAUGAACGGCAGCGAUGCGUCCACGUGCAAAGAGAACGGCCUUUGGGACCCUCCGCUGCCGCUCUGUCAGCUCAGUAGCUGUGACAACCCUCCAGAUGUACAUAAUGCUGUUAAAGCAAAACUUGCUGGCAAUUUGUUUCCUGUGGAGACUGUCGUGACCUACGAGUGCAGGGAGGGCCACCAGUUCAGCCCGGAAGAAACCACGCGGCACAUUAAGUGUCUGCCAGAUUUUACGUGGACCGAAACCCCACCUCCUUGUGAAAGAAUUCGUUGCCCAAAUCCAGAUGUCAGCCAUGGAAAGCCCUUAAAUGUGUGGGAAGCUAAAGACCAUUAUGUGUACGGAGACAGACUGGAAGUUACGUGUGAUGAUGGCUAUGCUUUCAAAGGUCAUAGCAAUAACAUUGUGCUUCAGUGUUUAAGUGAUGGUAGAUGGGAUCCAGCGGUACCGGAGUGUACUCCAGAACGUCGUUGCCCAAAGCCAGAUACUGCUCAUGGAAGAGAGAUUUUUAAAAGCAAAAAUGACUACAGAGUUGGGACCCGACUGAGGCUGGCGUGUGAUUCGGGCUAUGUCCUCAGGGGCCAGGACUCGACCGAGUGUCAGGCUGAUGUGAGCUGGGCUCCCCCGUUACCAUUUUGUGAUAAAGUCUGUGACCCCCCUCCACAAACCACCAACGGGCAGCACUCUGGCUUGAGAACGGAGCAGUUCCCCUAUGGCGCAGAGGUGACGUACAGCUGUACGGAGGGUCUGUCCCUCAUUGGGGACGCCACCAUCUACUGCACCUCCGACGAUGGGGUGAACCUGGCGUGGAGCGGACCUGCCCCGGAGUGCAGGGUGGUUCGGUGCCCCAAGCCCACGGUCGAGAGGGGAAGGAUGACUCCGCAGAGGUUCACCUUUCCCUACGGGGCGGCCGUGCGGUUCUCCUGUGACGAAGGCUUCAUGCUGCACGGCGAUGCUGAGAGCCGGUGCCUGGCCGACAGCACCUGGCACCCUCCCCUGCCCACCUGCCGGCCAGUUCAGUGUCCCCGACCCUCGGGACAGGAGGACCUAAUGGUUUACCCAUUAAAAUUAUGGUACCAGGUGAAUGAAACUCUGUCGUUCUACUGCAGACGUGAUGGCCGUCGAUCAGCAAGUUCAGAAAGUAUCUGCUCAGCUAAGGGCACUUGGAUACCACCGCCCACAUGUAAAAAGCAUGAUGCAUGUGAGAAGAUUCUUCGAUAUAGGGAAACUUUCCCGUGUAGAGUUCCUCUGACAGAACUGAAAACUCUGCUGGAAGUCCAGAAACUGUACCUGGAGAUCCAGAAACUUGAAAAGGAGCUGCUAAAACCCACAGCAUACGGCUGACGGUCACCAGUGGUAUCCUAAGAACCAUCCUCUUUGUGUGUUGAAUAAUCAUGCUGACUGAGGAUUUUUUAUGACUUCGUAAUUCGUGCUAAUACUUAAGUAGCCAGAACAA